AGCCUGCCCGCUCCCUGCCUGGAGCUACAGGCCUAAAAAGGGAGGAUGACUCAGUCAGACUCAGAGGAUUCUCCCAGAAAGAGAACCAACAUGCCCUCUCGUAGGUGACUUUAUCUGAGAUACUCCCAAUAUCAUCCAUCACAGGGCAGGAGCCCCCAAAUACCAUACUUGCUGCUGAUCUAGAAAUCCCUUAGGAUUUAUUUCAUUUACAUUGGUUUGAAUAAUAUGAAAUUGGUAUUUUCUGUAGGUCAGAAUAACUAUUAGUAGUUUUCCAUCACUAGACCGAAAUAACUACAAAAACUGUAGGUCUGUAAUGUGUGUCAGUUAGAAUGCUUUGACAGCAAAUAACAGAACUCUUAACUCAAUGCGUUAGGAAUGGAGACCUAUUGGCUCACAUAAGACAAUGGAUGAAACAGGCAUCCAGAGGCUCCACAUUGUCAUCAAGUUCUAGGGUUCUUCCCAGACCUCAUUUCUGCCUUCUGCAAUGCCAGCCUCACUCUCAGGCUGCUCCCUGCUGGACACCAUCACCAACAAUGCAGGCUGUGUGCUUCCUUGUCCAGUUCCAGCAAGCCGAAGGGAGUUUCUGUCAAGCAUUCUGGACAAGAAUCCUAAAAUUCCCACUAACUGACCCACUUAAGGUCACAUGCUUAUCCUUAAACCGGUGACCAUGAUCCCAGAAUAAAAGUGUUACCUAGUGUCCAAUGAGACACUGACCAUUCCAGGACCUGAGCCCGAGUCAAUUUCCUUCUAAGACCCACAAAACUCCAGUUGCUUUCAGGAAGUGGGAAUUGCUGAAAGACUCGGUGCUCGCUAGAUAACCACAAUGUUCAUUACAACAGGUCUCCAUCGAGUUAGGUAGGGGUUGGCAGAACAGAAAUCGAUAACAUGGACUGGUGAUUCCCUUAAGCAAAGUCAGGAUGUUAUUAUGAGAAGAAAGAGGAGGGUGCUGGAUAGACAAUACUUACAAAUAUCCAUUAGUUAUUUCAUGGAAAUUCCCAAAUUUUAUUUAUGUAAUUCAAUAAUGAAAUUUGGCGUUAGAAAGAGCAGAGAAGAAGGGAGUGCGACAAGGAGAAAAGUGAGAGCAGUUCCGAACAAUUUGACCUUGGGCAGGGCAUCUACAAAGAAAAGUCCUCUGGUGGAAAAUUCUUGCCAGGAAUGUGAGCGAAAGACUUUAAAGGACAAAACAAUAACGGCGUAAGAAUAAACAUACAUGCAAACGAACAAACGAUAUAACAGGGUAGAGAAUCCAGAAAUAUAGCCAAAUCUCUACCAUGACAGUAUUACCAAGGGUAGCGUUUAAAUUCCUUUGGGAAUGGUGCAGUUUAAGAAAUGAUACCAGCAUAACUGGCUCUCCGUCUGGCAGAUAACAGUUAAACCCUAGUUUAAUAAAAGCAUUAAAAACAUAAAAAGAAAAAGAUAAAAGAAAACUCAAGUUCAUAUAUUUACACAAGGAUAAAUUCCAGAUAUAUUAAUGACUUAAAUUUUAAAAGCAAAACAAAACAAAAAAACCGUGAAUUUCUUUGGGGGAUGAAGGAAACUUUCCUAAACCGGAACUUGAAAGUGCUGAGGCUUUGCAUUCCGCCUUUUCCAUUGGGCUCCGUGGCUACGUCAUGGGACACCCAGCCAAUGAGAAUUGGGCAUGGCCAGCGCGCUCAGCCAAUGGGGCCAGGGCGGGAGAUUUGAAAGGUCCUCCGGGGCGGGGGGGCGAGGCCGAGCAGGUUCAGUCGUUUGCCAGCUGCCAGGGGGGUGGCUGUGCCACCGGUUUCAGUUCCCUCCCCCUUUCCCUCUAAGGAUGGCCCAGAAGGAGAACACCUACCCCUGGCCCUACGGUCGGCAGACGGGGCCGGUGAGAAUACCUCUGUGCUAAAACUCCUUGAAUUGUGGGUGUUCACUACCCCAGCCUCUACUGCCACCGGGAUUGGGGACUGGGCUCAGUCUGGCUGAACAUCCUGCCCCAGAGAGUCCUUCGGAAGGAGGCUGUCACCCCAUCAGCGCUUGUCCUCAUGAGCCGCUCCAAUACCCAGCCCACAGCUGCCCCUGGCCAGAAGGUGGUGGAGAACAGCAGUGGGACCCCCAACUUCUCAACGCGUUCCUUCACCAUCGAUGACUUUGAGAUUGGGCGGCCUCUGGGCAAAGGCAAGUUUGGAAAUGUGUACUUGGCUCGAGAGAAGAAAAGCCAUUUCAUCGUGGCGCUCAAAGUCCUCUUCAAGUCUCAGAUAGAGAAGGAGGGCGUGGAGCACCAGCUGCGCAGAGAGAUCGAAAUCCAGGCCCAUCUGCAGCAUCCAAACAUCUUGCGUCUCUACAACUAUUUCUAUGACCGGAGAAGGAUCUACUUGAUUCUGGAGUAUGCCCCCCGGGGGGAGCUCUACAAGGAACUGCAGAAAUGCCGCACUUUUGACGAGCAGCGAACAGCCACGAUCAUGGAGGAGCUGGCAGACGCUCUGAUAUACUGCCAUGGGAAGAAGGUGAUUCACAGAGACAUAAAGCCAGAGAAUCUGCUCUUGGGGCUCCAGGGAGAGCUGAAGAUUGCCGACUUCGGCUGGUCUGUGCACGCCCCCUCACUUAGGAGGAAGACCAUGUGUGGCACCCUGGACUACUUGCCCCCAGAGAUGAUAGAGGGGCGCACACACAACGAGAAGGUGGAUCUGUGGUGCAUCGGAGUCCUCUGCUAUGAGCUGUUGGUGGGAAACCCGCCCUUCGAGAGUGCUUCCCACAACGAGACCUACCGUCGCAUCGUAAAGGUGGACCUUAAGUUCCCCCCUUCCGUGCCAGCGGGAGCCCAGGACCUCAUCUCCAAGCUGCUCAAGCAUAACCCCUCGGAUCGGCUGCCACUGGCCCAGGUCUCAGCCCACCCUUGGGUCCGCGCCCACUCCCGGAGGGUGCUGCCUCCCUCUGCCCCUCAGUCUGUCCCCUGAAUUGUCCCUGUCAGUUCCACAGUCGUAUCUGUGUCUGUAUGAAUGUGUAUGUGUAGUUAGAAGGAGGGGUCCCUGGCCUGAUCCCGCACCUGCCUUCUCCCUCCUUUUUAUUUAAUAAAGGCGGAAGCGUUUUGUA